AUGGGUGUGAUGCUAUCGGUUCUAGUGGCCGGAGUGGGUGCAAUGGAUCUUAUUUACUGCCUGGCGUACGUCUCCAAUCAAGUUACCGGGGAGGAGCUGUCCAACGCCAUUGAGGAUGCUCCCGACGGUAAACAACACGGUGGCAUGGAACAAGGGCUCGAGCAGUAUCAAGAAAACAUACAGCAGCAAUUGAAAGCAGCACCACGGAGCACCGUUGAUGGUGUAACAGUUGCACAGGAUGGUGUUCCUUACAAGGAUGGGUAUAGACUGGAACCGGCUGAAGGUGCCGCACAGCUGGAUGUGCUAAUAGAAAAAUUGCGCAUUCUCGAACGACAAAGCCAGGAAAAAGAACAUCAACUGGAACAGAUGAGCGUGCAGAUGGGUGAGCUAGAGCGGAAUACGGCUGAGCAAAGCCUCAUUAUCGAGGAGCUUCGUUCGCGGUCGGUUAGCAGAGCUCACAGCGUUGAACCGUCGGGUAUUUUUCGAGCGAACCUGUCGCCUGCAGAUGCUGUGCCUCAAAUCGUGCUGAACGAACCGAACGACAGUGGUGGUGGUACUGAUGAACCACGGCCAAGUUCUAGCAAGUUCCGCCCGAUACGACGGGACGAUGGGUUGCGCAGGUCAGUGAAACGGCGAUCCGUGACGUCGACCACAUCAUUGGAAGAUCGUGCGGAGGAACUGGAGCGGUUGAGCCAGUUGGAGGAUGAAGAAUGCGCCCGGAUGGACGAUUACAUCCCGAUUGUUUACAGCCGCGAUGAAGUUGAUCCGAUGAAUCGACGACAUAAUAUCAGCCCAAUUCCAGAGAGCUGCCAUCAUCACGAAGACGACGAACGGCAAUGGGUGCCGGAACGAUCGCCAGAACCUACACUUGCCGCCAACAUUACGCGACCGUGGGGCGAUAUCAAGCUGGAAGAGAUGAAGGAGAAAGCUGUGUUGCGUCCCGCACGUUCAAUGUCCAUCGAGGAGGAAGAUAUUGAACCACCCGCGGUUCAGCUGCACUUGAGUGAAUCAGCACCGUCGAAUCUAAGCUCCCGCUCAAACUCUCCCGACCGGGAACGGGCGGAUGGGCCGACACUGCGACGCACAGCGAAGGAAGCCGACCUCAGGAUCCUGCUGCAACAGGGAGCAUCGGAGAGCAAGGGAGAUCUCCGGCCCGGCAGCGAAUCCGCGUCGGUUCGAGGAGUGACUCCGGUGAAUGCUGGCGGUCGGAUGCUUUCACCGCUGGCCACUCUUGAAGUGGAUGCCGGCACAGAAGGUGAUACGGAGGGCGAGACCGACCAGUUGCUAUCAGUGCCAAGAUCACGAGGUGCGUCGUCGGCACGUUCAAAGUCUUCAGGUUCCUCGUCGUCGCCGUCGCCCAGACGCAAGUACAAGGAACGUAAACGCGUCGCCCGGAGUCUUACACCGAUUGAUUACGAUCAGACGUUUAUGGAUAGUUUCACUGAGCAACGACUCUCCGUGUCACCAUCUGAGCUGGAAGACUACAUCAACAGCAUGGACGAGAUCAAUUUCGUGCCUCCUCCUCUGGUGAAACCAGCCUACAUAUAUCCUUCAGAACUUCCCAGCCUGGUACUGACAGACGAGCUUGGAACCGACGCUCAGUUUCAUGAUGAAAUGUCGUCGAAAUCUUUUUACGGACAGAGUCAACCGCACGAAGGGGUCACACUCAACCACAGGGUGAGCUACGUCGAAUGGAUCAAAAAGUUUCCUGACAAUCAAACGAGUCACUUGGCACUGGAAGACUUUGACAGCGACGACGAGGAGGUGGAAAAUAUUAUCCGACAAGCCGAGGGCGAGAAACCGUCGUUGUUUCCCACUGAUGUGCCGAAAUCAGCUGCCAAUUCACCGCAACCCUCGAAGCCGGAACUUCCUAAUACACCUGAAAAUGGGGGUUCGAAAGCAAUGAAUGCUUUGACCAACGAGCGUAGCGAAUUUCCGGUUAAUCUGACCCCGGCGUACGCUACACCUUCGCCAGUGUCGCUAGUGUCGGACCUAUCGGAUCUAUCCUCCCAAUCCUCGCAAGUUACCCAACCUUCACAAACGUUUUCUUCUUCACUUGCACUUGGAUCACCACUAUUGAACAAUUCCCACAAUACCUCGUCCGAGCACCAUUUCACACCGAUUCCCUCAAUAAGCAAGCAAUCAAACGGGAAUAACUCACAGCUUUCAUCAUUACAAUCACCACAGACUAACACACCACUGCGACCAAGCCUCGUCGUCCCAGUUGUUACAUCCCGGACACCAUCGGUGUCACCUCUGCCAUUAGACAUAUCGCCAGAGGAACUUGUGUUCGAAAUCGGCCAUCUUGAUGGAUUAAUCUUUGAAGCGAAAAGUCGCGAACCAACGCCAUUACGGACACCGAGCCGUAACGAACAACCGCCACUGCUCAGUCCGGAUGAGUUGGCCUUCGAUAUAGGUAACAUGGGUGGCUUAAUCCUGGGCCCACCGAGUCGCAGUGUUUCACCGAUGCCCCUCACACCUCACCCAUCGCUAGACUCUUCUGCCUCGUUAUCGCCUACCUCAUGGGAAGCAAAUGAGCAGCAAAAAUCUACCGCGCAUCCAGCAGUACACAACGAAACACGAAAUAACGAAUAA